AACUGACAGCUGGCUGACAGAAAAUUCAUCCAGGGAGAGACAGGCAUAAGCGAAGUAUGAAAAUUUGAAUAAUGUUGUCAGGUAUUGAUGUCUGACUUUUGAAGAUGGAUGAAGGUAUAGAGAUCUCCAGUGAUGGAAAUUCCCUGAUCAAAGCGGUCCAUCAGAGCCGGCUUCGCCUUACAAGACUCUUGCUAGAAGGUGGCGCCUACAUUAAUGAGAGUAAUGAUCGUGGGGAAACGCCUUUGAUGAUUGCUUGUAAGACUAAACAUGUUGAUCACCAGAGUGUCAGUAAAGCCAAAAUGGUGAAAUACCUGUUAGAAAAGAAUGCUGACCCCAACAUUCAGGACAAAUCCGGGAAAACUGCUUUGAUGCACGCUUGCUUAGAAAAAGCUGGUCCUGAAGUUGUCUCCUUGCUUCUGAAGAGUGGGGCAGACCUCACCUUGCAAGACCAUUCGAGUUACUCGGCGCUUGUAUAUGCGAUCAAUUCGGAAGACAGCGAGACCCUGAAAGUCCUACUCCGGGCUUGCAAGGCAAAAGGUAAAGACGUCAUCAUCAUCACAACAGCAAAAUCGGCCUGUGGGAGACACACUACCAAACAGUACUUGAAUAUGCCUCCUGUGGAUACAGAUGGGAGUCACCCACUAGCCACCUGUGCUUCUCCUUCAGAAAUAGACUUAGCCACAGUCUUGUCACCCCUUCCACAGUCACCGGAACUGGAAAUGACUUCAUUUGUCUUCAAAGAUCCGGAGCCCUCAGGAAGCAGUGAUGACUCAUGGGAACCAAGCUCCCCGGUGCUGAAGCCCGCGAUGGGCCCUAACGGGCCCAAGCUGCCCCAGGCUCCGCUCUGGAUCAAGAGUACCCCAUCCUUGGCUCACCAGAACCGAGUGGCCUCCCUGCAAGAGGAGCUCCAAGACAUUACUCCAGAGGAAGAAUUAUCUUACAAAACCAUUGGCCUGGCACUCUCCAAGCGAUUCAUCACCAGGCACCAGAGCAUUGAUGUAAAAGACACUGCCCAUUUGUUACGAGCCUUUGACCAGGCUGGCUCGCGAAAGAUGUCCUACGAUGAAAUGAAUUUUCAGUCGUUAUUUUCAGAAGGAAGUCAGCACGGUGUUGAGAUCCCUGUUGACCAGGACCCUGAAACUAACCAGGCAAUAUUUACUUCCACUUUAAGAAGUAUAGUUCAGAAAAGAAACUCUGGGGCAAAUCACUAUAGCUCUGAUUCCCAGCUCUCCGCUGGCCUGACCCCUACAAUGUUAGAAGACAGCAAAGCAUUUGCAGGAAAGAAAAAGAUCCUCGCGCCAUCCCCUUCUUUGGUGUCAGGGCCCAAAGAACUGUUGGAGAAUAUCCCCUCUGGCCCUCUGAGCAGGAGAAACCAGGCAGUUUUAGAAAGACGUGGUUCCGGAGCGUUCCCUUUAGAUCACAGUGUUGCACAAAGCAGACCAGGGUUUCUGCCCCCUUUGAAUGUGAAUCCUUAUGCUCCCCUCUCGGAUGUCAGUGUCAGCACCAAGACGCCUAGUCUUCUUUCUUGUGGUCAGAAAGUGCUGAUGCCCACGGCUCCUCUUUUCCCUAAAGAAUUCAAAAGUAAAAAAAUGUUGUUAAGGAGACAGUCGUUACAAACGGAACAAAUUAAGCAAUUGGUAAAUUUUUGAGCGGUGGCCACAAAACACAUUUUCUGAAAAUAUCUGCACUAGAGAAACAGUCAUUUAGGAGUUCAUUGUUUCCAGUCUUGUGAUUGGUCACUCCUUCUCCUUAGCGAGCUCCAAAUGUAUUGCGUAUUGUCGUAGGCACUGUGGUGACAGAAAUAAUACAUACUCUAUGCUAAAGGAAUGCUUUAGCAUUAGCUUUAGCAAACAAAAUGAGGACUUUGUUCCUCAAACCUCAAAUAGUCAACAUUAUCGUGUGGUCCCAAGUUUUUUAUUUUCAUAAAAAUCAGCAAAGGAAGAAAGCCACAUAGGUUACAGUUGAUUUUUUGCUUGUUAGUUGUCAAAUAUUUGCCAAACAGUUUAUUAGAAAACAUUGUGUCAAUAAAUGCUUCUAAUACUCCCAA